CAAAGGUGAAAAACACCUCUGGACGUUUCCUGUCUUCUUCCUGCGACACAGACAGUUUCUGCUCCAAGCUGCUCUUCAACAAUGUCAGGUGGAAGCUCGUUCCCUGGUUGCUAGGGCAACCAAGGAGGAUGGUCCCCAGCAGGAGCCGGGGAAGCCUUGGGCUGCCUUUCAGCUCGUCACUGUGCAGCAUGCCUGCUGACCUGCUGCUGGCUGGGAGGAGGAGCCAACUCUGCAGAGGAGCUUCUCCCGGCCCAGUAUGGGUCCUGCCGCCCCACUGCCCCACCAUGAGACCGAGCUCCAGCAUUAAAGCUAGUGCUCCUCUCUCCCUCUGCUGGCCACUACGCAGCUCUGACUCGCUCUGCUCCAGUAGUAGCAGGAGCACAGGCGGCAAGAUGUCAUCCUCUUCCUCCACCUCCUCCUCCAACAGCGAUGGACAAGGGAAGCCUAAACCUAAAUCCCCAUUUCGCAAGAGGGGGAGUCUCCAGAGCACCACCAGCCCUGAUCUGUGUGGUGCAUCUGGGCCCAAGCCCCUCAAGCCCCAGCGAUCCCUACCAGGGACACCUGUUUCUCUCACACACUAUCCAAUUGACCUGCGAACAUCCAUGGAGGAAAAGUACAAAGAGAUUGCUGAGGAGCUGUUCACACGCAGCCUGGCAGAGAGCGAGAUGCGAAGCGCUCCAUAUGAGUUCCCAGAGGACAGCCCUAUUGAACAGUUGGAGGAGCGACGACACCGCCUAGAGAGGCAAAUCAGCCAAGACAUUAAGCUUGAGCCCGAGAUCUUGCUCCGCGCCAAACAGGACUUCAUGAAAAUCGACAGUGCUGCAGACCUAGAGUUAAUGAAGGACAAGAGUGUGGACACUGUUGAUGAUGGCUUUAAGGAGAGAGAAAUACCAAUGGAGAAAGAGUACCAGCGGGUCUCAAUAUCCGGAGAGGAAAAGUGUGGGGUGCCCUUCACGGACCUGGUAGAUGCUGCUAAGUGUGUGGUGAAGGCACUAUUCAUUCGGGAGAAGUACAUAAACCGAUCCAUGCAGAACUUUUGUAAGACCACAGCUCACGCCUUACAGGACCUCGGGAUGAAGCCUCUGGAUCUGAGAGUGUAUGAUGAUAUACCAGAGACCCCUGUAGAUGCUGAUGCCCCCGUCCACCCACCUGUUUCAGAGACACACCCCUACGACAAUCAGGACCCCAAGAACAUGCCGCCAGACACAGGAUAUGGGUGCAAGAUGGUGGAUGGAGUAGUCCAUGUCUACACCAAGAGAAACAACAUGGACAAGAGUUCAGAACUGGACCUGCCAUAUCCUGACCUGACGGAGUACAUUGCAGACAUGAAUGUUAUGAUGGCGCUCAUCAUCAAUGGGCCAGUGAAGUCUUUCUGCUACCGCCGCCUACAGUAUCUAAGCUCUAAAUUCCAGAUGCACAUUCUCCUGAAUGAGAUGAAGGAGCUCGCAGCUCAGAAGAAGGUUCCUCACAGAGACUUCUACAAUAUACGCAAGGUGGACACGCACAUACACGCAUCCUCCUGCAUGAACCAGAAGCACCUGCUGCGAUUCAUCAAGAGAGCCAUGAAGAAAUACCCUGAGGAGAUCGUUCACAUUGAGCGUGGCCGGGGUCAGACCCUAAAGGAGGUGUUUGAGAGCAUGAACCUGACCGCAUUUGACCUGAGUGUCGACACUCUCGACAUGCAUGCGGACCGAAACACAUUCCAUCGCUUUGACAAGUUCAAUGCCAAGUACAACCCCAUCGGAGAAUCCAUCCUCAGAGAGAUUUUCAUCAAGACUGACAACCACAUUGAAGGAAAAUACUUUGCACAUAUAGUCAAGGAGGUGAUGUCGGACUUGGAAGAGAGCAAGUAUCAGAACUCUGAGCUACGUCUCUCCAUCUAUGGCCGCUCUCGAGAUGAAUGGGACAAACUGGCUCAGUGGGCCGUCAGACACCGAGUCUACUCUGAUAAUGUGCGCUGGCUUAUCCAGGUGCCACGUCUAUUUGAUGUGUACCACACAAAGAAGCAACUGGCUAAUUUCCAGGAGAUGUUGGAGAAUAUCUUCAUGCCCCUGUUUGAAGUCACAGUGAACCCACGCAGUCAUCCUGAGCUGCAUCUCUUCCUUGAACAUGUGGUGGGCUUUGACAGUGUGGACGAUGAGUCCAAACCCGAGCACCACAUUUUCAACCUCGACAGUCCACUGCCAGUCAACUGGACAGAAGAAGACAACCCACCUUACUCCUACUACCUCUAUUAUACUUACGCCAACAUGACUGUGCUCAACCACCUGCGAAGGCGGCGAGGCUUCCAUACGUUUGUCCUGCGACCUCACUGUGGGGAGGCGGGGCCAAUCCACCACCUGGUGUCAGGGUUCAUGUUAUCAGAGAACAUCUCCCAUGGGCUACUGCUCAGAAAGGCCCCAGUGCUGCAGUAUCUUUACUACCUGGCUCAAAUUGGCAUCGCCAUGUCACCACUGAGUAACAACAGCCUGUUCCUCAGUUACCAUCGCAACCCGCUGCCAGAGUACCUGUCCAGAGGGCUCAUGGUCUCUCUGUCCACUGAUGAUCCACUUCAGUUCCACUUCACUAAGGAGCCUCUGAUGGAGGAGUACAGCAUCGCCACUCAGGUGUGGAAACUGAGUUCCUGUGACAUGUGUGAGUUGGCAAGAAACAGUGUCCUCAUGAGUGGGUUUUCACACAAGGCCAAGAGUUACUGGUUGGGCCCCAGUUAUUCCAAGGAGGGUCCUGAAAGCAACGACAUCCGUCGCACCAACGUCCCCGAUAUCCGUGUGGCGUACCGCAGCGAGACGCUCUCUGAGGAGCUUCACCUCAUCACUCACGCUGUGCGCACAGAAGAGCUGGAUACUAUUGAUGAGGAGGACUCUCUGUCCAUGGGCCCUCUGCCGGGACGGCGCUGAGAUCGCAGUCACUCGGUCUCAUCCUGUAAACCCCAACCCUGUGGUCCACCAAGCAGGACACUGAAGAGACGUGGUGUAUUUUUCAUGCAGCAUAAACACCACCAACCAUUACUAUAGAAGUAUGCCGCACACUGACAGCUACACAGGUAUCAAAAAGCCAAGGAUACUGUGCUGCCAGAGCACUUCCGCUUCAACAUUCAUUUUUAUGUUGCAGAAAAGGAUUCUAAAUCCAUAUUAUUGUUAACUGUUUUAAUUUCUAUUUGAAGUUUUCCCCUGCUGUUUUUAUAGCCUGUGUUUGUAAUGUUGUCUGUGACAUGUUCAGUCUCAGUCAGCAUGAGGAGGGUUAGCAGUGAUGACCAGCACCAGAAAUUUUUUGUGAAUGAACAGCAAGGAAACACUAGAAGCCAGUGUUUACCUCACCAGAUACACUCGCCAUAGCCAUCAAAUGAUCCCUGUGAUGUUUUCUGUCAUUCAGUGAUAUUUUCAUCAGGGACAUCACAGUGUGUCGUAUCUCUUAGUAUUUACAGAAACACUGACAACCAGCACAUUUAAACUUUCUUAACAGCAAACCUGCUCUGAAUGUUGCUAAUCUUCCACUCUAUAGUCAUGCUGCUUAAAUAACCUUAGUGUAUCUGUAAUCCUCAUUAUACAAACUUAUAAUGAAGGACUACAGAUGCAGUUUUAUUGGAGUAAUUCUACAACAUUGUUGGUGAUGGUGGAACAAACCUACACAACAAACUUGCAAACAAGCUUGAAGAGACUUCAUCAGAGUCCCAUAACAAAGAGGGGAUAGCUUCUGUCUGAAUGCUGCAGUGCUGAAUAUCAGCCAUGCAUGGUGCUUGGUGUGGUUUCAGAUUUCCUUGCCAAAUUGUGCACACAGAACCGUUCUUCCGUGACUUAGAUCAGCUCCCGAGAAUCACCGUAGCCGACAAGUUGAGAGAGAAGCAGACUUUUCUGUGGUUGGCUGCAAACAUUCCAUGAAGCAAAUGGUACUCUUUAGCUGCAAAAGAAAUGACUUCCAGUAAAUGUAGAGACGUGUGUUGUUUUGAUAUUUCUUUGGGAGAUAUAAAGGGGAAAUACGUAUGGGAGAUUUUAACCUCAGUACAGGAAUGACCGCCUGAGGAGAACGCCCUCACCUUUACCUCACUGUGGCCAUGAAGAUAUGGACCCUCUGUCCCUCCGAGGGCCACAAUCACACUCAUUCCUUUCCCGGUGAACGACCUAGAAAGUCAUGGAGUUUUUUUUCUCCCUCUGCAUGCAGUGCACUGUACAUAUGCACCAAGCCAAGACUUCACAGUGCCUUUUCAUUUUUGGGCACUGCAUGCCCAUGUCUCUCCAAACUGUUUCCAUGUAAAAGGUUUUCUUUUUACCACAUAACAAGUAUUGCAUUUUUUCCUUGGUCAUUUACAUUAGGCCUCUAUGCUAUUAUAAUAUCCACACCAAUGGAACUGAAACCACCUAGCUGCAUGCUCGGUGUAAAAUAGCUUUUACCUUCAUUUGUGAUGAGGAAAGUUGAUUUGUUUCUAGCUCUCUGCUUAUAAGUGCUUUUCUUUGCAUGCCUGCAUGAAUAAUGGAUGACAGGAGAGAAUGCGUUGUUUGCAGCAAGCUGUAAUGUAAAGCAUCUUAACUAAUUCAGGGCUGCAGACCAGCUUCCGAGUCAGAAAUCAGUUUGUGGCGGAUAUCGCAGCAAACAGAUUCAAAACUCAGCAUUGUUCACCAUGUAGACAUGAGCAAACCAUGCUGGGACAUGGUUAAGACCGUCUCAUGGUUUCUUGUAGCAUUUGUUUUUAGCUCACCCCCAAAUCUGAUCAAAGCUGGGACCACACGUCCCACAUUUUUGUAUUUUACACUCAUCAUGUUAUCUUACCACUCUACCUGCCACUGGACACCGUCCAACCUCCCAUCAAACUGUGAGCAUUCUUCUUAAGACUAGACGCUACUGUCGAGUAAUAUACGAUGCCAAGACUAUAGGAUAAUGAACCAGAAAAUGUCUAAGCCUUUAUCUGAAUCACCAACUGUAAUGUUUUAGGAUAUCUACAUGUUUGCUUUAUAGAUGAUUAGGAUAAAAGAUGAGGAUCCACCUUUGUUCAGUGAGAGUACAGUAGCUUCUAAGUGUUGAAGGGAUAAAGUGUAUUUUUUUAAAGGCGAUAUAGAGAUAAGAAUUUUUAUAUUCACAAUAUAUUGAUGUCAAGGUUUAACAUUUAGUUUUGUUGCUGUUGAUAAUUGUGGUUUAGUACAAUGUCAUGAAAAUAGAGUUUUUUUCAAUGCAGCUUUAUUCUAUUAGCCUUUUUGAUUUGUUUAAGCAAGUAGACACAAUAAUAGCAUCAGUUCUGCCUAUUUAAUAUCAUAGUAACCUUGUUUCCUCGUGUUUUAUUUUUUGAUUCCUGGUAGUUCUCAAUGUUUCAGUAAGCCUGUAAGAUCCAUGAUAGAAAGGUACAUGAUUGAUACCUCUUACUUUAAAGUCAAAUGUCUCCACCAUAGCCUGUCAGAGAAAAACUAAUCCUCAUUCUACACCAGAAGCGUUGACUCUCUCUGGUUUUGUCAGAGUCAUUCUCCCUCCACUCAUUCUCUGAUCCACUGAUGGACUGUGAUCUACACUGACUUCAUCAUCAGUCCACAGGCAGAAGCACAAAGUGUAUUACCAUAUAUUUCUGUUUAAUUGCUGCAGCUUCAUUUCGUUAUUUGCCCUUUACUAGUUACAACCACCUUGUUGAUGACUUUGUAAUCACUGAAAGACAAUGAGGACCUGGACCAACCUGGACCGUUUCCAUCCAUUCAGUUUCACAGCAUGUAGUUUGCUAUCUUUAUGUCUACUUCUACAGUCACCACAGAGCCACUCGUGUGUGCACUUACAGCAUAAUGCCCCCUACCUCACAAACACCAGUCUCUGACCAUUGUUCUGAUAAUGCAGCUCUGUGUUGUCCUCAGCAACAACAGGGCUGCAAAUAAUCAUUACUUUCACUAUUGACUAAUCUACUGAUUAUUUUCUCCAUUGAUCGCUUGGUCUGUAAAAUGAGAAAAUAGUGACAAAUAUCCAUUAUUAUUCCCUGUGGCGCAAUUUGAUGUAAUAUAUUGUUUGUUUUGUCCAUUCAACUGAGUGCAAAAACCAUAAAUAUAUGGUUUACUGUGGUGGAAAACAGACAAAGCAACAAUUUUUAGCUUGAACCUGUGAAUUUUUCAUCAUUUUUGCUUGAAAAAUUAUAUAAACGAUCAAUUGAUCAUCACAAUUGUUGCCAAGUAUUUUUCUGUCAAUCAAGUAAUUGAUUAUUCCCAGUAAAUAAUGGCACGAGAGAAGUGAUUCACAUGAGAAAAGAACAGUAAAAAAUAUUAAAGGUACUGUUGAGCAGUAACAUUAUUAUUGUUUGGAUGCCAACACAAGAACGCACCAAUUAUUCAAAUAUAUUACUCACAGAUUAAUAGUUUACUCUCUACAUGAGUAUUUUUUUGUGGUUAAAACAUAUAGCUUGAUUUAUUUCUGUGCACUAACCUCACAGUUAAUUCAUUACAAGUACUCACACUCAAGUUAUGUUUGUGUUCAGUUGGUAUUUUUCUCAUAAAGUUCUCAUUUUUUUUGACAUGGGAUCUUUAUUUUUGUAAUUUUGACUUGUCCAUUGAUCUGUAGCCAUAUUAUUGCCUGAAAUGGAUUGCCAGUGUUUUACAGAUUCCAAUGCUUCAGAUAAGGUUCAUGUGUAAUGUCUGAACAAUGAAAUAAAGCAUGUUUAUUCACUGAA